AGCCCUCAGGGCGCUGCCCCCGCCCGGUCCAGUGCCUGUCACUCAAAGCCCGUGCAGGCGCUUUGAUUUCCUUUUUAUUUUAUUUAUUUUGCGGUAGCGCAAUGUAAUUUGACGUCACUUAAUGCUUGGUCCUUCAAAAUAAGACUGAGCACUCAGGGACUCCAUAGCUACAAUACCCCUGGAAUAUGAAGGCUGCGUCUUAGGAAGAGCUGAGCUGCUGUCCCCUGUGAAAAGAUAUUUAGAGACCUUGACCUACAAAAUCCUUAAUUAAAAAUUCUACUAUUAAACGAGUCAAUCUCGAAACUCUGUGUCAGGAGGCUUUGUUUCUUCUGUUAUGUGCCCUCUGACCUCUGAUGAUGAAGGAUGGGUGUGUACAGGUGUCUGUGACCACAGCCUCAGAUUCUGUAGUCAUUUUAGCCUUCAUAGCCAUUCCAGCUUCAGAAUUGACUGGAUGUAAAGCAAAAUAGUUCAGAUUUCUAUAAAUAUCAGACUUUGUUGAGUAAAUACAGAGCUAUGAAGAUCCAGGUGUACUAAACUAUCUGACUUGUUUGCUACUGCCUUGUGUGUCCCCCCACCUCUCAGCUAUACACAAUAUAAUGGUGCUGACCUGUGGAACUGUAAGACAAGCCUUUUGGUAAGGCUGUCACAGAAACUUCUAACUGUCUGAAAAAAUAAAACAUAGUUCUACUGAAUCUGUUUUCAUGUACUUGCUUCUACCAGCUACCGGUUGAACAAGAAGAGAUAAUUCUGUGUACAGGUGGAGAAACACAGGUUUCAAAACUUUGCUUCAGGAAUACUGCUAACAUUUUGCAGGGACCUCUGUCAGCCACAGUGUAACAAGAAACUGACUCUGACCAUCCACUUGCACGUGCAGUCAUCCAUGUGUCAUUGUAUGGCCCUAGUGGAGAAAAGAGAAAAAGUAUGUAUUGAUGAAAAAAGUCCUCUAGGAAUAACCUUCCAUUUGAAAAAAAAUCACCAGAGAAUCUCUGAGACAAACUGACAAGAUUCCUAGCUCACAUCUCUACAGUCAGCUUCCAAAUUUCUUCAAAGCUUGAGCCAUUUAGUAGAUUGACAAGAAAGCUUCAUGCAGAUGGAAAAACUUAGUGAGAGGGAAGAAAGUAUGAGUGGGAGAUGCCCCAGAGAGCAGACUACUUCUUAACAAAACUUAUGAUGCAUGUCUGUGGUGUCAUUGCUUGUGGAAAAAUCUUCUGAAGUUCAGGAACUGGACUAGUGCAUGUGUUCUGGAUGAUACAUUGGGAAUAAUUACAGAGUUCUUUUCUUCAUUCUUUCUUCAUCUGCAUGAGAAAGGCAGUCCUUUAGGUCCUUGAUCCUCAGGGCUGAGGGUAGCCCAGGAUGGCCGCAGCUUCAUAUGAUCAAUUGUUAAAGCAAGUUGAGGCAUUAAAGAUGGAGAACUCCAACCUUCGGCAAGAGCUAGAGGAUAACUCAAAUCACCUCACAAAACUGGAAACCGAGGCGUCCACUAUGAAGGAGGUAUUGAAACAGCUACAAGGAAGUAUUGAAGAUGAGGCAAUGGCAUCUUCUGGACAAAUUGACUUACUGGAACGACUUAAAGAACUGAAUUUGGAAAGCACCAGCUUCGCUGGGGUGAAGUUAAGGCCAAAGGUGUCCGUGCGUUCCUACGGGAGCCGGGAAGGGUCCGUGUCGAGCCGUUCAGGGGAGUGCAGUCCAGUCCCCAUGGGGUCAUUUCCAAGAAGAGGCUUUAUGAAUGGAAGCAGAGAAAGCACUGGUUACUUAGAAGAGCUAGAAAAAGAGAGAUCCCUGUUGCUUGCGGAGCUUGAGAAGGAAGAGAAAGAAAAGGACUGGUAUUAUGCCCAGCUUCAGAACCUGACUAAAAGGAUAGAUAGUCUCCCCCUUACUGAAAAUUUCUCCUUGCAAACAGAUAUGACCAGAAGGCAGCUGGAGUAUGAGGCCAGGCAAAUCAGAGCUGCAAUGGAAGAACAGCUGGGCACUUGUCAGGAUAUGGAGAAGCGAGCACAGGCAAGGGUGGCCAGAAUUCAACAAAUAGAGAAGGACAUUCUUCGUAUACGACAGCUCCUUCAAUCACAAGCAGCUGAAGCAGAGAGAGCACCUCAAAGCAAGCAUGAGGCAGGUUCCCAUGAUACAGAGAGGCAGAAUGAAGGUCAAGUAGCAGCAGAAAUCAGCGUGGCAACCAGUGGUACUGGUCAGGGUUCUGCUGCUCGAGUGGACCAUGAGACAGCCAGUGUUAUGAGCUCUAGUAGUAACUAUUCUGUUCCUCGAAGACUGACAAGUCAUCUGGGUACCAAGGUAACCGAAGAUUACAAACCACAGGUGGAAAUGGUGUAUUCAUUGUUAUCAAUGCUUGGUACUCAUGAUAAAGAUGACAUGUCAAGAACAUUGCUAGCAAUGUCUAGCUCCCAGGACAGCUGCAUAGCCAUGCGUCAGUCUGGAUGUCUUCCUCUCCUCAUCCAGCUUUUACAUGGCAACGAUAAGGACUCUGUGUUGUUAGGAAACUCCCGUGGUAGUAAAGAGGCCCGUGCCAGAGCCAGCGCAGCGCUGCACAACAUCAUUCACUCCCAGCCCGAUGAUAAGCGAGGCAGACGGGAAAUCCGUGUGCUCCAUCUCUUGGAGCAGAUCCGUGCUUACUGUGAAACGUGUUGGGAAUGGCAGGAGGCACAUGAACAAGGCAUGGACCAAGACAAAAACCCAAUGCCUGCUCCAGUGGAUCAUCAGAUUUGCCCUGCAGUGUGUGUUUUGAUGAAACUUUCAUUUGAUGAAGAACACAGACAUGCAAUGAAUGAACUUGGUGGUUUGCAGGCCAUUGCUGAACUGUUGCAAGUGGAUUGUGAAAUGUAUGGACUCACAAAUGAUCACUAUAGUGUUACCCUAAGGAGGUAUGCUGGCAUGGCUCUGACAAACCUGACUUUUGGAGAUGUAGCAAACAAGGCUACAUUAUGUUCCAUGAAGGGCUGCAUGAGAGCUCUUGUAGCCCAGCUGAAAUCUGAAAGUGAAGACUUACAGCAGGUCAUUGCAAGUGUGUUGAGGAACUUGUCCUGGCGUGCAGAUGUAAACAGUAAAAAGACUCUUAGAGAAGUUGGAAGUGUGAAAGCAUUGAUGGAAUGUGCUUUAGAAGUUAAGAAGGAAUCCACCCUGAAAAGUGUUCUGAGUGCCUUAUGGAAUUUGUCAGCACACUGCACUGGGAACAAAGCUGACAUAUGCGCUGUUGAUGGUGCUCUUGCAUUUCUGGUUGGCACACUGACAUACCGGAGCCAAACAAACACUUUAGCCAUCAUAGAAAGUGGAGGAGGAAUACUAAGAAAUGUUUCUAGCCUAAUUGCUACUAAUGAGGACCAUAGGCAAAUCUUGCGAGAGAACAGCUGCUUACAAACCUUGUUACAACACUUGAAGUCACACAGUUUGACAAUAGUUAGUAACGCAUGUGGGACCCUGUGGAAUCUCUCUGCUCGAAAUGCAAAGGACCAGGAGGCGCUGUGGGACAUGGGAGCUGUGAGCAUGCUGAAAAACCUGAUUCAUUCAAAACAUAAAAUGAUAGCCAUGGGUAGUGCCGCAGCUCUACGGAACCUCAUGGCAAACAGGCCAGCAAAGUACAAGGAUGCCAACAUUAUGUCUCCAGGAUCAAGCCUCCCAUCCCUCCAUGUCAGAAAGCAAAAGGCGCUGGAAGCAGAAUUAGAUGCUCAGCAUUUAUCAGAGACUUUUGACAACAUUGAUAACUUAAGCCCGAAAACAUCUCACCGCAAUAAGCAGAGACAUAAGCAAAAUAUAUACAGUGAGUAUGUCCUGGACGCCAGCCGCCACGACGAUGCGGUGUGCAGGUCAGAGAGCUUUAAUGCUGGCAAUAUGACUGUGCUCUCACCAUAUGUAAAUACUACAGUAUUGCCUGGCUCCUCCUCUUCCAGUAGAGGAAAUGCAGAAAAUUCUCGAUCUGAGAAAGACAGGAGUGUUGAAAGGGAUCGAACGGUAGGUUUAAACACCUAUCAUCAAGCUGCAGAGAAUACUGGGAAUUCUGCUAAGAGAAUAGGAAUGCAGAUUUCUACUGCUGCAGCUCAGAUUGCCAAAGUUAUGGAAGAAGUAACAAGCAUGCACAUUCCACAGGAAGACAGAAGUUCUGGUUCCACUUCUGAAAUACACUGUUUGUCAGAAGACAGAAAUGCCCAGAGAAGAUCCUCCUCUGCCCAUACUCACUCAAAUACAUACUUUCCAAAAUCUGAGAACUCAAACAGGACAUGUCCUGUGCCUUAUACAAAAGUGGAAUACAAAAGAGCUUCAAAUGAUAGUUUAAAUAGUGUCAGCAGCAGUGAUGGCUAUGGUAAAAGAGGCCAAAUGAAACCUUCCAUUGAGUCUUACUCCGAAGAUGAUGAAAGUAAGUUCUGUAGUUACGGCCAAUAUCCAGCUGACUUGGCACACAAGAUUCAUAGUGCAAAUCACAUGGAUGACAAUGAUGGAGAACUAGACACACCUAUUAAUUAUAGUCUUAAAUACUCAGAUGAGCAGUUAAAUUCUGGAAGGCAAAGUCCCUCCCAGAAUGAAAGAUGGGCAAGGCCUAAGCAUAUAAUAGAUGAUGAAAUGAAACAAAACGAGCAAAGACAGUCAAGGAACCAAAAUGCAGCCUACCCUGUGUACACUGAAAGUGGAGAUGAUAAACACAUGAAAUAUCAGACACCUUUUGGACAGCAGGAGUGUGUUUCUUCCUUUAGAUCAAGAGGGUCCAGUGGCUCAGAGCAGAACAGAGUAGGCCCAACUCUUGGAAUUAAUCAGAAAGUAAAUCAGUCCUUGUGCCAGGUUGAUGAUUAUGAUGAUGAUAAGCCAACCAACUAUAGUGAACGUUAUUCUGAGGAGGAACAACAUGAAGAGGAAGACAGACCAACUAAUUACAGCAUAAAGUACAAUGAAGAGGAACAUCAUGUUGAUCAGCCUAUUGACUAUAGUUUAAAAUACUCAACAGAAGUUCCAGCACCUUCUCAGAAACCAUCUUUUACUUUUCCAAAGACUUCUUCAGUGCAACUCAGUAAAACUGACCAUAUUACCCCAAGCAGUGGGAGCACAUCAGCCCCCUCAGCUGGUUCAAAGAGGCAGAACCAGCUUCACCCAAGCUCUGCACAGAGCAGAAGUGGUCAUGCACAGAAGAACGCCUCCUCUAAGACUCCCUCUAUUAAUCAGGAAACUAUACAAACUUACUGCGUGGAAGAUACCCCAAUAUGUUUUUCAAGGUGUAGCUCUUUGUCAUCCUUGUCAUCAGCUGAAGAUGAAAUAGGACGUGAUCAAUCCACACGUGGCACAGAUGCCAAUAACACACUGCAGAUUGCAGAACUGAAGGAGAACAAUGGGGCUCUACCUACAGAAGGUGCAGCAAGUGAAAUUGCAUCAACAGCACAACACAUCAGAACAAAAUCCACUAGACUUCAGACUUCUAGCUUGUCUCCUUCUGAUUCCUCUAGACAUAAAGCUGUUGAGUUUUCUUCAGGUGCCAAAUCUCCCUCAAAGAGUGGUGCCCAAACUCCUAAAAGCCCACCAGAACAUUAUGUACAGGAAACACCACUCAUGUUCAGCAGAUGUACUUCUGUAAGUUCCCUGGAUAGUUUUGAAAGCCGUUCAAUUGCUAGUUCAGUUCAAAGUGAGCCUUGCAGUGGAAUAGUAAGUGGUAUUAUAAGUCCCAGUGACCUUCCAGACAGCCCUGGACAAACAAUGCCUCCAAGCAGAAGUAAAACACCACCACCUGCUCAAGGAGUUCAGGUAAAAAGAGAGGUACCUAAAGGAAAAACAACCACUACAGAGAAGAGAGAACCUGGUCCUAGACAUGCAGCUGUAAAUGCAGCUGUUCAAAGAGUUCAGGUACUGCCAGAUGCUGAUACACUAUUACAUUUUGCCACAGAAAGCACACCAGAUGGGUUUUCUUGCUCUUCUAGCCUGAGUGCUCUGAGCCUUGAUGAGCCUUUUAUACAGAAAGAUGCAGAGUUAAGAAUUAUGCCUCCAGUUCAUGAGAACGAGCAUGGAAAUGAAGCAGAACCUGAACAGUCAGAUGAUACAAAGGAUAACCAGGAGAAGAAAGCAGAGAAGCCAGCUGAAGCAGAAAAAGACAUUUUGGAUGAUUCUGAUGACGAUAUUGAAAUACUGGAAGCGUGUAUUAUUUCUGCUAUGCCUACGAAGUCUUCACGCAAAACCAAAAAGCCUUCUCAAGCAUCUGCUCCAAAAAUACCUCCUCCUGUAGCCAGAAAGCCCAGCCAAUUGCCAGUUUACAAACUUUUGCCUUCACAAAGCAGACUGCAAUCGCAAAAGCACGUGACUUUUACACCAGGAGAUGAUAUGCCACGGGUAUAUUGUGUUGAGGGUACACCAAUAAAUUUUUCAACAGCCACAUCUCUGAGUGACCUGACAAUAGAAUCACCCCCAAGUGAGUUGGCCAAUGCAGACAAUGUGGGUGUGGGAGCAGAGUCAGGGGAGUUUGAAAAGCGGGACACCAUUCCUACAGAAGGCAGAUGUACUGAUGAUUCUCAGAGAGCAAAAAGCUCAGCUGUAAUUCCCCUUGGCCUGGAUGAUGACAAAACAGAAGAGGGUGAUAUUUUGGCUGAGUGCAUUAACUCAGCUAUGCCAAAAGGAAAAAGUCACAAACCUUUCAGAGUGAAGAAGAUAAUGGAUCAAAUUCAACAAGCAUCUUCAUCUCCAGUUAAUAAAAAUCAACCAGAAGGUGAGAAAAAGAAGCCAACAUCACCAGUAAAGCCUGUUUCUCAAAACAAUGAAUACAGAGCACGCAUGCGAAAAAGCACAGAGCCUAAAAGCAGUGCUAGUAAUGAAAGAGGCUAUCCAGAGAACAGAGAUGCAAAGAAACAGAACCUUAAAAAUAAUUCAAGAGAUUUUCAUGACAAAUUGCCAAAUAACGAAGAGCGUGUAAGAGGAAGCUUUGCAUUUGAUUCCCCUCAUCAUUACACACCUAUUGAGGGAACUCCUUACUGUUUUUCACGAAAUGAUUCCCUGAGUUCUUUAGAUUUUGAUGAUGAUGAUGUUGAUCUUUCAAGGGAGAAGGCAGAAUUAAGAAAAGGAAAAGAAGGAAAGGAAACAGAAGGUAAAGAGUGCUCUAAUGCAGAAGAGUCUUCUUCAAAUCAGCAACCAAGUAAGAGGACACAAGUUUGUCAAAAACAUGCUGGCAGAAGUCAGACAAAAACUUUCUCUCAGUCAACUAAAGAUAUUCCAGACAGAGGAGCAGCUACAGAUGAGAAAAUGCAAAAUUUUGCUAUUGAAAACACACCUGUUUGUUUUUCUCGCAAUUCGUCUCUUAGCUCCCUCAGUGAUAUUGAUCAAGAAAACAAUAACAACAAAGAAGGGGAACCUGCAAAAUGUCCCGAGGCUCCUGAGCCACAGGUGGAAUCCAACAGACCACAGACUUCUGGUUAUGCACCUAAAUCAUUUCAUGUUGAAGAUACUCCUGUGUGCUUCUCUAGAAACAGUUCUUUGAGUUCUCUUAGCAUUGACUCAGAAGAUGAUCUUCUGCAGGAAUGUAUUAGUUCUGCUAUGCCUAAAAAGAAAAAGCCCUCAAGAAUGAAGAGUGAUGGUGAAAAAAAUAAUUCCAGGAACACAGGUGGUAUACUAGCAGAAGAUUUAACACUGGAUUUGAGAGAGAUACAGAGGCCAGAUUCAGAACAUGGUUUUUCACCUGAUUCGGAGAACUUUGACUGGAAAGCUAUACAAGAAGGUGCAAAUUCUAUAGUUAGUAGCUUGCAUCAAGCUGCAGCUGCUGCAUCAUUGUCUAGACAAGCUUCAUCAGACUCUGACUCUAUCCUUUCAUUAAAAUCUGGUAUAUCUCUAGGGUCACCGUUUCAUCUUACCCCAGACCAAGAAGAAAAACCUUUCACUAGUAAUAAAGGUCCAAGAAUUAUUAAGCCAGGAGAGAAGAGUACACUGGAGUCUAAAAAAGUAGAAUCAGAAAGUAGGGGAAUCAAAGGAGGGAAGAAAGUGUAUAAAAGUAUGAUCACAGGAAAAGCACGCUCCAAUUCAGAAGUUUCAAGUUUGAAGCAACCACAACAGACAAGUGUGCCUUCAAUUUCACGUGGCAGAACAAUGAUCCAUAUUCCAGGGGUUCGAAACAGUUCUUCAAGUACUAGUCCUGUUUCCAAAAAAGGACCCCCACUCAAAAACAUGAACUCUAAGAGUCCUAGUGAAGGUCAAAGUUUGACUAGUUCUCCAAGAGGAGCCAAAUCAUCAGUGAAACCUGAGCCAGCUCCUGUGACUAGGCAACCAUCAGGGUUGAACCAGAGUGCAUCAAGCAAAGGACCUUCUAGAUCAGGAUCUAGAGACUCCACUCCUUCUAGACCUCAACAGCAGCCAUUAAGUAGGCCUUUGCAAUCUCCAGGACGAAACUCCAUUUCCCCUGGAAGAAAUGGUAUCAGUCCUCCCAACAAACUAUCACAGUUGCCAAGAACAUCAUCUCCUAGCACAGCUUCAACUAAAUCCUCAAGUUCAGGUAGAAUGUCAUACACACCACCAGGCAGGCAGAUGAGCCAGCAAAACCUUACAAAGCAAACUGCCUUACCUAAGAGUACCAGUAGCAUUCCACGAAGUGAAUCUGCUUCAAAGGGAUUAAACCAAACUCUCAGCACUGGUGGAUCCAACAAAAAGACUGACCUAUCCAGAAUGUCAUCCACAAAGUCUAGUGGAAGUGAAUCUGACAGAUCUGAGAGACCUGUUCUCGUUCGUCAGUCAACUUUUAUUAAAGAGGCUCCAAGCCCGACUCUAAGACGGAAAUUAGAAGAGUCAGCUUCAUUUGAAUCUCUGUCGCCAUCCAGGCCAGAUUCUCCCACAAGAUCCCAACUGCAGACCCCAGUUUUAAGUCCUUCUCUUCCUGAUAUGUCUUUAUCUACUCAUUCACCUGCCCAGAGUAGUGGUUGGCGAAAAUUAGCCCCUAAUCAGAGCCCUACUAUAGAAUAUGAUGGGAGACCAGCAAAGCGUCAUGACAUAGCUCGUUCCCAUUCUGAGAGUCCAUCUAGGCUGCUGAUUAAUAGAUCAGGAACAUGGAAGCGCGAGCACAGUAAGCAUUCCUCAUCACUUCCUCGUGUAAGCACUUGGCGAAGAACUGGAAGUUCCUCCUCAAUUCUGUCAGCUUCUUCAGAAUCCAGUGAAAAGGCAAAAAGCGAAGAUGAAAAGCAGCAUGGAGGUUCCCUUCCUGGACACAAGCAAAGUAAAGAAAGCCAAGCACCAGCAAAAGGUACUUGGAGAAAAAUAAAAGAAAAUGAAAUCCCUCAGAUAAUGAAUGAUCCUCAGCAUUCUUCUUCGGGUGCCACAAAUGGCUCUGAUUCCAAAACCCUCAUCUAUCAGAUGGCUCCAGCUGUCUCUAAGACAGAGGAUGUGUGGGUAAGGAUAGAGGACUGCCCAAUUAACAACCCUCGAUCUGGAAGGUCCCCAACUGGAAAUACUCCCCCUGUUAUUGACAGUGUUUCAGAGAAAGGGGGUAUAAAUGGUAAAGAUCCUAAAGAGAUUCAAGAAAAGCAAACCACAGGGAAUGGAGGUGUUCCUGUUCGUACCGCUGGCUUAGAAAACCGUCUGAACUCUUUCUUUCAGAUAGACAGUCCAGACAAGAAAGGCACUGAAACAAAGCCUCUGCAGAAUAAUCCUGUCCCUGGACCAGAAAUUAACGAAAGUACUGUAAGCGAGCGUACUCCAUUCAGUUCCAGUAGCUCAAGCAAGCACAGCUCCCCCAUCGGUGCUGUGGCAGCAAGGGUGACUCCUUUCAACUACAACCCGAGCCGCAGGAAGAGCAGUGUGGACAAUAGUUCUGCACGGCCCUCACAGAUCCCAACCCCAGUAAAUAACAGCACCAAGAAACGCGACACCAAGUCUGAAAACACUGACUCCAGUGGAACACAAAGCCCUAAACGUCACUCUGGCUCUUACCUGGUAACUUCUGUUUAAGUGCAACAAAAAAAAAAAAAAGAAAAAAAAAAAGAAACCAUAAAAACCUGAUGUAUUAUAUACAGCAGCUACUUAGAAACUUUGUUUCAAAUGAAACAAAAAAAAAAAGGGGAUUGAUUUGUUUGUUUGUUUGUUUUUAUUUGUUGUAAAUAGCUUUGAUUCUUGUUAGAUUGUCCUUGUUCUGGAAGCCAUAUUUGAUAGUAUACUUCGUCUCCACUAGUGAUAUUUUGCAGGAACACCUGAUUGACAGUUUGGAAUAAAGUUGCUAACGCGAGUGUAUUUGUACAGUAUGUUUAACAUGUAUUCCCAUGUUUAACACGCAUCCCAUCCUAUUAUCCUUUGAAUAUUGCUUGUCAUUGAAAUCAUGGAAUAGCACAGAUAGAAAUGAUGCAGUCAUAUUGCUAUACCAAUAAUUUCUAGAUUACAGACCAACUAAACUACAUCAGGGAAGAAUUGGUAUUAUUUAUGCAAAAAAAUGUACUCAUGUUUAGUAUUUGUGAGUUCAUCUAACCCAAUAAUUAAUCAUGUGGCUGUGAAAUUCACAGUAAUAUGGUUUCCGCUGAACAAGCUUUCCUAGCCUGCUUUUCUGCAUGAAUGGAACUGAUGGUUCAUUUUAUGAAGUAAUGAUUAACAUUUCUGUGGUCACAUAAUGUGCAUAGAUAGUUACAGUGUAACAAUUUACACUUUCUUUGUGCUCUGAAAAAGAAAAAACAAAACAACAAAAAAAAAAAAACCCACCUGUGUAACUGUAAAAGUUUGAACAAAAUUAUUUUACCUGAAUUAAAUUUUAUCUUAAAGUAGGUAGAAUUUUUUUUGCUAUGCUGUAACUUGUUGUAUAUUCUGGUAUUUGAGGUGAGAUGGCUGCUCUUUUAUUAAUGAGACGUGGGUGAUGCCUCAACAGAGACUAAAAUCAACAUUUCAGAAUAAAUUAUUACUAUAUGUAAGUUGUGUGUGUUACUUCUGUAUUACAUAAAAAGACAGGAUUUUAAUUUGAGAUGUCACCAUAUAAUGUGGUUGUAUGCACUUAAGGCCUGAUUUGGGAUAAUCCUGCAUCUCCAGUAUAGUUUCUUCCUUAUCACUGGCAAAUGGCUGUUGUAGGAUACUUUUAACAUUUGCAGGAUCAGACCCCAGGUCUUCUGUAAUAUAUUUUGUAAUUGAGACAGUUUCACACAUCUCAGGUGCAUAACAAGGCUAAAGGCAGGGUAUUUCCAGUAGCCAUGCAGUAUAAUUGUUCUCAUGACUGCAAGCCUGAAAUAGUAAUGUAUACAAAUAAUACAAAUAACUGUAUACAAAUAAUAUUGUAUACAAAUUGUAAAACAAAUGUUUUGAUUGGGGAUAUAAUGUAGAAUGUGAAAUAGUGACUAUAAGAUGAAAUUUUGCUUCUAUUUGCGCUCUAUGUGCUUUUUUUUAAUUUAUUUUUUAAAAAAUUAUGAAGGGAAAAAUAUCAUAAAAAUCCCAUGGCAGCAAGAAAUUUGUUACCGUAGUAGAAAAAGGAUUUUAUGCAAAACAUGACAUUUGCUGCCUCGAGCCUUUCUGAUGCAGAUAUAGCUUGCGCUAGAACAAUGCUGAAAGAAAACAGAUUUGUGCUUUAAAAAUAUAAAUAUAGUCUGAAUUUAGAUGAGGGUUACUUCAAAGUAGAAACAUGAGAACAGAACAUUAACCAUUCUGUGCAUGUUUGAACAAACCAUGAAAUGAAAUGGUGUAUCAGUUCUGUUGUAUCUCAACUGGACUGUUCUACAGGUAACUUUCUAAAUAACUGAUACGUCAGAAUGCCCUGAUUUCAGGAAGCCCUGAAAUAGAGCAAUUUACCUUUAUGGUAGCUUUAACACAGUUGCGGAGUUUAUCACUUCUGUGGCUUUUGUACUUCUGAGACUGAAAUUAAUCAAUUGAAUUCAUUAUAAAUCAUGCACUGAUUUAGAAACACAAUCAAGACACUAUCAGCAGGCAGAAGUCAAUUUAUACUAAAGCCAGUACCAAAAACACCUGUUUGGCAGAAGUGGUAUCUUACUUGCUCUUUUGUUCUUUGCUUCCUGUCAGAUUUACUUAGAGAUAUGCCAUGUUCCUGUAUCACCUUGUGAACCUGUUAAAAAGCAGCACCCCUCUUGUUAGCAUUUGAAAUAUUUUGCAUACUGUAUCUUCAUUAAACUUCUAAUAUGAAUGAGUCUUAGUGUCCUUUUAAAGAUUAGAUAGAAACAGAUUAUGUCAUGUGUUUAAAGUCAAGGCUUCCUACUGGAGUAGAAUAUGGAACUCCAUCCUUGAGUUUCAAAUGAAAGACCACUUUUGUUGUAAAUGUUUUGAUUUUUUUUUUUUUAAUCAUUAUUUUGUGCUGGGCUUUUAACAACUAAUACAAAAAUAUAUGACAUAAUCCAGAAUCGUUGUUUAACACCGGCAUUACACAUUUGUCCUGUCAAUUUAAGAGUUAAAGGUAAACUCAGUCUCAGAAAAGAAAUUCUGGUUUACUGAAUGCUGUUCAGUUACUAAACUGAAUUCUGUUCUGUUCUGUUACUGAAAAAUGACUGAAAUAAGUUUUUUUAAUCAAAAGAUAACAUGAAACUAUAAAUAAUUGUAUGCGUAUCAAACACCAGAAUGUCUUUGAAAAUUAUAGUGGCUUCUUGAUAUAGACUUGGGGAUACUUCAUGAUCAUUAUAAUUGGAAAGUUUCUCUUAGUAUCCACUUGAGUAAACCUAUAUUUGUAGCAAAGACAGGCUAGAGAAACUUUCCAACUAUAAGAGUAGUGAUACACUAAAAUAUGCUUCCCAUGGGAGUUGUUAAAUUUCCAUUAUAGAAGUUUUAAGAAGAGGUCUAUGAAACAUCUCAUAGGGAUGGACUGUAGUAUAUUUCAUAUUGCCUGUGUGCAGAGAUGGGUGAUCUUUUGAAAUCUCUUCCAGAUCUACAUUUCUCUGAUUCUUUAUCUAAAUUACUUAGUAUCCACUAAGAGCCUUUCAGAAUAUUUAAAGACAUCCAUGAUGUUUGAUUUAUGAUGGGGAUAUAAAGUUAUAUUCUAUAAGCUUAACUAAAAAACAGAUCCCAGAAAUAUAAAAUCAAAGACGUGAAAAAUGGUUGCAAUAAGUAUAUUUGGUCUUGGAUUUUGUUAAUGAUGUCAGAGUCACAAUAGUCAGAUUUUAUUUAUGCUGCUUGUUCCUUGGUUCCAUUUGUAUGAAGUUGCCACAGCGGGUAAGAGGACAUUUAUGUCAAGGCAAAACAAAGAAUAGCAAGGAGCUAAGGAAACAAAGACUCAAUUUACUGUUCUUCUGGGAUGCACUGCCCUUCUUUCUUCCAAUUUUGGUAGAAUUUUUUUUUGUGACUUUUAUUUGUGACUCAGACCUUUAUCUGUCCUUGAAUUAGCUUAUCAUAUCUAGUGCAUACCAAACUUAUACUUAAAAAUCAGUUUCUACUGAAAAAUAACUCAUAAAGCUCAUUUCAGACUGUCUUCUAGCUUUGUCCUCUUGAUGUGAGAAUCAGAGAUCUGACCUCCUCACAAUUUGUGUUUGUAUUAGUUCACUCUUUAAAAUGUGCUUCCAUUUUUGUUUCUUGCAGUGUGCCACUCACUGGCACACUAGUAAGGUUACUGCUCAAUUUCUUUGUAAGCUCUUCUGACUAAAUAUUGCAAUCUUUAAAGGGGAACUAAUCUAUUUCUAUUUUCAUGUGCAGUUCUCUACCAAGAGUAUUUUCCCCUGAAACAUAAAAGGCAAUUCUCACAGCUCUGCCAGAUACGACAGCUUAAAAAUUGAAAGCCUUGCCACAGUUUCCUAAUGAGACUGGAAUAUUGUUUCAAGCAGGACUUGGCUGCAGAAUACAAGUAUAAUUUAUGCUAUAAAUGUCAGUAAGCAGCAGUAUUUUCAACAUAGACUAGUACUUCUGAUGGUUUGGGGAAGUCAGCUGCACUGUCAUUGGUAAAGGAGGAGGGAUAGAAAAGGGGCAGUUUCAGAGAGAGUCAUGUUGUUCUAGGGAUUUCCUUUUUUCCUCAGUGAAUUACAUAAACUGCACCAGAGAGAAAACAGCUUGUGCACAAAUUAAUGAGGCAUUUUUUUGAAAUAUACCAGUAGACCACAAAACUGCAGAACCUUAAUCUGGAAACUGAAUUAUGUGAUGUCUUCUUAGGAGUACUUCAUAGCUGUCCAUCCCCUUGAUCCUCUUAACAAGUUGGUAUCACCAAGAAAGAUAACUGUGUUAGCUUCAUCUUUCUUCAUCUUUCUUAAAGAUAACAGUCUAUACUAUUCUAGAACAGAAGAAAGGGCAUGUCCUGUUCAAAGAAGUUUUCUUCUCCAUUCCAUGCUCCUGGCUGUUAAUCCUGGCUCUUAUGUGACCUUUCAGUCGACUUGCCCACCUCUUACCUGCUCCACUGAUGGGGGUAGUAGGAUUAGUACUGCAUGAAUUUGCUUGGUGCAUAGUUGGAAAAGUGCCACCUGAGCCAGCAAAAAAGAAAAUAGAACAGCUAGGACUGGUUGAAAGAGGUUGGGAUAGUUUCUGUUGUUGGAGGUCAUUGGAUCGAGCUGUUACAGGCAAUUUUAUGCCUAUAUGCCGUGUUUCAGACCUUCACUCAUUUUGACACUGCAAAAGCAAAUUAAAAUGGGAUUUUUAUUUUUUUAUUAACUGAAUUUUUGUCUAAUGCCCUCUAGUGCUUUGCAUUUAAAUACCUUACGUUUGAGUAAAUCCUUAAUCCUGGAAAUUCUGACAACUAACUUCAGAAUUCAACCAGUAUAUGGAUGUGAAAAUAAUAAAAAAUACACCACCCCCCCCCCAAAAAAAAAGUCUACCGUAUGUAAACAUCUGGGAGACAGUUUUUAGAUCUGCAAUAUUAAACUCAGUGAAGUAAAUCCUUCCAGUAAAAAGACUUAUUGCAACUAUUUCUUUCCUAGAAAAGGCUUGAAGAGGGAGGUAACAUCUCCCUUUCUUAAUGAGGUUAGUAUUGUAGAGAUGAUCUGGAAAAUGUCCCAGAUGUCUUUCCCAUCUAGCUUUCAUGAAAUAAUAUGAACAGCCAUAAGAGCACUAAAAAUCGUGUAGACUUCCACCUAAACAUAACUUCUUACAUCUACUGUAAUGCCUUGCAAAGUUGGAUCCACCUGUGCGACAGCUUUGUUCUUGAUGAGAUGUGUGAUUUGGAUGAAGCUGUGAAUCAGAAGUGUCAGUUAAUGUAAAGCAUGACUUUCUCCACAUGUUUAAAACUCCUAGGACUUCCUUAAUACCAAAUUACCCAAGUGUAUUCACUCUCUGGUUCCACAGCCAUCUCCUUUGCACUUUGACAUUUAACCAGAAGAGAUUCCCAUUUUCAGUUUCAUUUCACAUCACAUGUAGAAGUAAGAUUCCUGCAUCAUAGUUUCCUAUAUGCAAAAUAACAGUUUGUAUCUGUAAAUGUGUUUAUAGAGAAUGUUACGUAGCUAAGGUUGAGUUUUUAGUCAGAAUGGUAAGUUAACUGCUAUGUGUUGUGUUUGGUUACAUAUUGGAAGUGCAAGGGAAUUUGGUGUGGUGCAGAAGAGCUUUAAGAGUUCACAACAUAAUUAAUGCAGGUGUCAAUUAACUUGUGAUGCCAAGAUGAAUUUUCUACUGUCAAGUUUCAGUUUACCAGAUGUGCUGUUUACUUACUUUAAGAUUGGGGAAUGCCUCCCUAGCAUAGUUUUGCAAAUUACCUUUCUUGGGAAAUUUCCACACAGUUACAAGCUUAUGUAUUAGUGCAUUUCUGUGACUUCCAGAUUUAAAGAAAUUAUUCCAAUUUUGCUGUUUGUGAAAAUAUCCUUUGCUUGAGUGGCUGUAGAAUUGAAAUUACGAUUUCAGGAAGAUAAAGAGGGAGCUGGUUCACUCAAUAAAAAGCACUUCUGUUGAGAGCUCAAGACAUACAUACAAACAAUAUAUCUAAUGCCAUCCUUUCUGGUGGGAUCUAACAUGAAUAAAGCUUGUGCUGGAUCUCUGCAAGUAAACUGUCAUCCUGUGAGACAAGACGAAUUUGCCCACCUGUAAAUGUUGUUUCUCUUGAACAAACUCAGCCCACGAUUAUCUUUCUUCAAUUUUGUUGUUUGCUUCUGCCUGAGAUGCAUUACUGUUUAUAUCCUAACUCUGUAAUUAAUUAUUUCUUCAGUUAUUCUAAUGUAUUUUGUUUCACAGUACACUUAUUCUGAAUUUAGUCUUGCUAUGCAUAAUUUAUUUAUUACUUGCAGUGUUACAUAAAAUUUCCUCCUGA